AUGGACAAACUCGCUGCAACCCGUGCCAAAAAGUUCUCCAUCAAGAGUUACAGCGUUGAGCAUGGCUACCCAAAUCGAAGACGCUCUCUGGUGGGCGACGCCAAGUUUGAGACAGUCAAGAAUCGAGAGGCGAAGCUUAGCUGGCUGCAGGAGAGUCGCUCCUCAUCGCAGGACUUUGAUCUCUCUGAGGAGGAGGUGAUCGUCGUCAAUGAGAGCAAAGAGGACAAUGACUACACCAGUCUGAAGAAGAGCAGUCUGCUGAUCACCCUCAAGGAGGGUGGCCUCGCCGAUCUGCCCCGGGUGCUCAAGCUGGUGCAGGCUUCGAAAGGCGUCAUCGAGCACGUGGAAAGUCGUCGAAAUGAGUCGGACAAGGGCCGUUUUGACAUCUUUCUCUCGCUGAUGAUCGCCAGUCAGAGUCUGCUCAGUUUGAUGCGAGCGAUUCGACAGGGCAAUCUGGGCGAAAUUAGCAUCCUCAGGGAGAAGCUCAUCAGCGUCAGAGACCCUUGGUUUCCCCGACACAUCAGCGAUCUGGACUUUUGCACUCAUCUGAUGACCAAGUAUGAGCCUGAACUGGACGCCGAUCAUCCGGGAUUCUCUGACAAGGUCUACCGAGCACGUCGAAUGGAGAUUGCCAACAUAGCGUUCGAGUACCGAUACGGCGACGUCAUUCCUCGCGUCAACUACACCGCCUCUGAAAUUGAAGUCUGGGGCACGGUGUACCGCGAGCUGGUGAAGCUCUUUCCGACGCAUGCCUGCGCCAAACACCGAGAGGUCUUUGCCGUCCUCGAGAAGGAGUGCGGCUACGCGCCCAAUAACAUUCCACAGCUCGAGGAUGUGUCGCGCUUUCUCAAGAAGCGUACUGGAUUCACCAUCCGUCCAGCGGCUGGGCUGCUCACGGCUCGGGACUUUCUCGCCAGUUUGUCCUUUCGCGUCUUUCAGACCACCCAGUACAUGCGACACCCGUCCAAUCCGCAUCACAGCCCGGAACCUGAUGCCAUCCACGAGUUGCUGGGCCACAUUCCCAUUCUGGCAGAUGAAAGCUUUGCUGACUUUUCGCAGGAAAUUGGACUCGCUUCACUGGGCGCCUCGGAUGAAGACCUGGAGAAGUUUGCUACGCUGUACUGGUUCACGGUAGAGUUUGGCUUGUGUCGGGAGAAUGGCCAGAUUCGCGCUUACGGCGCCGGGCUGCUUUCCUCCUUUGGCGAGCUGAAGCACUCACUCUCCGACAAGCCUGAGCUGCGCAACUUUGAGCCGGAGAAGACGGCCAUUCAGCCGUACCAGGAUCUGGACUACCAGGAUAUAUACUACGUCGCUGAAAGCUUCGACGAUGCCAAGGAGAAGUUUCGCAAAUACGUAGCCGAAAAGUUGCCCCGUCGUUUUGACGUCUACUUUGAUCCCUUCACCGACCGAGUGCAUGUCGUCGAUUCGGUGAACAAACUGGAGCGACUCAUCAGCAAGCUGUCCAAUGAUGUUCACACUCUCAACUCGUGCGCUCGAAAGCUGAAGAAGCACUCGGAAGAGUGA